AUGGUGAAGGUUAAUCCUUAUCUUGAAGAGAAACGUUCAGGGACAUUUACUGAGAAAAUUGCAGGGUCAUCAAGUAAUAACAAAGCAGAAAACGAAGAGAUCUCUCCAUGUGAGCCUUCGGUUUUGCAGCUUCCUUCUCUGGCAGUUAAUUAUGAUAAUGAAUGUAGUUCAGGCAACAGACAAGUUUCAGAAGAUAAUGUAAUAGCUGGUCCCUCGACUAAACACAGAGAUAUCGACCAGAAAAUGUCAUUUGAACUAGAUUCCGAUCAUGAACGCACUGCUGAUGAAUUAGAGGGUUUUUUUGAAGAUUCCGAUUGCUCAGUAAAGGAUAGAGACUACGUUCCUGAUUCUCCUGAUGUUUCUGAUUCAGAAACUUCAGAUGAAGAAUUGCAUGGUGAACCGGUGAAUGACGACGAGGCCCCAACGAAUAAUAAUACUUUGAAAACCCCUAUAAAAAAAAGGACCCGUUGGAAGAAAUGUGACCCUAGUCAGUGGAAAAAAAAUGUGUCUAAGCGUCAGAAAAUCGAAGCUAAGACACCCAAACCUAUUGAUUGCUCAAAAUGCCGUUUUAAGUGUAUGGAUAAAGUUUCGGAAGACCAACGAUUAAUAAUUUGCAAAAACUUUUGGAGCUGCGAUUUUAACAGAAGAAAGGAUUUUAUUUUAAAUAAUGUUGAAAGUAAGGUUCCUGAAAGACGCAGAGCAAAGUGUGACAGCAAGAAAAAGGCACGGGAGGACUCUAAAAGCUUUUUUUUUGAUUCAGCUGAAUCAAGAGUAAGAGUAUGUAAAAGUUUUUUUAUAAAAACACUUUGCAUAAGUAAAGAGGUCAUAGAGCAUGCCUUUAAGAAUAGAGGAGAAGGAAGGCUGUUUCGCGGAUAUGAUAAAAGGGGCAAAAAGGAACCUCAUAAUAAAACCAAAUCAGAAGAUAUUCAAAAAGUCAAAACACACAUUGAGAGUUUCCCUGUCAUGCAAUCGCACUACACCCGAAAAUCUACCAAACGGCUGUAUUUAGAUUCCAAGUUAAGCAUAGCAAAAAUGCAUUCUCUUUACAAAGAAGAAUGUGAAAAGGAUAGCUCAAUACCAGUCUCACUCAUAACUUACAGAAGAAUAUUAUGUAAUAACUAUAACUAUUCAUUCUAUGUUCCAAAAAAAGAUCAAUGUCAAAUUUGCAUGCAGUAUAAAACUUGUAAAGAAUUGGAGAAAAAGAAGCAAUUAGAGAACAAUUAUCAAAGUCAUGUCUUGAGAAAAGAAGAUUGUAAUGCAGCUAAAAUUAGGGAUAAAGAAAGAGCUUCAAAAGAAAACAAUUUUAUGUGUUGCACAUUCGAUCUACAAGGAGUUCUGCAACUUCCAAGUAGUGACGUAAGUCCUAUGUACUACACUAGAAAACUGUGUACCUAUAAUCUAACAAUUUAUGAAAUGGCACGGCCGAAUAAUGCUUAUUGCUACGUUUGGACUGAGACUAAUGGAAAAAGAGGUAGUUUAGAAAUCGGAACUUGUUUAUAUCAAUACAUCGAGCAGCUCUCUGAAACGGUAACUGAAAUAUCGCUAUUUUCAGAUACUUGUAGCGGUCAAAACCGAAACCAAAACAUUAGUGCCUUAUUGCUCUAUCUGGUCCAAACAAAUCCUAAUGUGCAAAUCAUAGAGCAAAAGUUUUUGGAAAGUGGCCACAGCUACAUGGAAGUCGAUAGCAUGCAUAGCUCAAUUGAAAAAGCAAAAAAGCAUGUCCCAGUUUACACCAUCCACGACUGGAUGAAUAUAUUUCGCAUGGCGAGAAGUUCGAGGUCAAAUAAAAAACCCUACCAUGUUAAAGAAUUAAAAUUUAAUGACUUCUUGGACCUGGACAAAUUCGCAAAACUAAUAAUGAAAAACAAACUUAAAAACACUCUUGGCGAAAAAGUCAACUGGUUAAAAGUCAAGUGCUUUAAGUAUCUCAAAUCCAGGCCAUGGAUUCUUCAGUACAGAUACGACCAUACAUCAGAGUACAUGGAAGUGAAUGUUCUUGGUAAAGGCCGUCCUUCAAACUUUGACAAUUUUGUCCUAGCAAAAGCAUACAGUAAACCUAGAACUAUAACAAGCUUGAAAAAAGCAGACUUGAUAAAGCUCUGUAAAACAGAGGUUAUUCCUGUGGAGUUUCAUAACUAUUAUAAAUCCUUACCAACAUCGAAAGAUGCACAGGAUGUGGUUCCAGAGCCUGCAGCAGAGGAUAGUGACCAAGAGGAGGAAUGGACAGAUGAGGUCCAAGAUGCCUGACUUCAACAAAACUAUGACAACCAAAACAAGACAAAUGCUGUUUUUUGUUUAUAACAAAUAAGUGGUGUGACAUUUUUUAUUACUUCUGUCUUCUUAAGAAUUACAAAGUUUGUUUUCAAUGUAAUAUGCAAAAAAAUAAAUGAUUAUUGGUA